AUGCAUUUCAAACGUACCAUCAGCAUUGUCGAUUGCCAUUGUGCCGGCGAAGUUGAUGAUGUCAUUGUCGGUGGCGUGCUUGACCCAUCCGGGUGUGCUACCAUGUACGACAAGUUGGUCCAUUUCCGCGAUAAGGCGGACCAUAUUCGCCAGCUGCUGCUCAUUGAGCCCCGGGGUCGCCCGGCCAUAUGCAGGCUUUUUGAUCAUGGAAAGCGAGGAAUACCCACCCAUGUCCGGGGGAACAUCAUUUGCACUGCGACGAUGCUGUUGGAUACUGGAAUGGUGGAAAUGAGGAAGCCAGUGAUCGAACUCUUGCUGGAUACCGCAGCAGGGCCGGUUUCUAUUACCGUCGACUGUGAGAAUGAGAAAUGCACAGCGGUCGCGUUUCACAGUGUUCCAUCAUUUGUGUUCGUUCUCGACCACCCGGCGGAGGUUCCGGGACUAGGGACUGUGUCAGUUGAUAUUGCCUGGGGUGGGAUGAUCUAUGCCAUUGUCGACGCCACGAAACUUGGAGUGAAGAUUGAGAACCGCAACGGACCGAAACUCAUCAAGAUUGGCGAGCGAAUCAAACAGGUUGUGCAGCAGAGUGCCUACGUACCUGUGCACCCUGAGAACUCGAAGAUUCGAGGUGUCAGUAUCCUGGAGUUCACCGAACCUUUGACCCUUUCCUCGACGGCCGAAUUCACAGCAGUCAACACAGUGGUUGUGUCGCCUGGACGAUUCGACCGAUGUCCCUGCGGGACGGGAAGCUCGGCUCGAAUGGCGGUGCUUCAUGCUCAAGGCCAAUUGAAGGUUGGGGAGCGAUUCCAGCAUCGGAGUAUUAUUGGGAGCAGUUUUGAGUGUUGCAUUGAAGGAACCACCCAAGUGGGUUCUUAG